AUGCCUAAAGUUGAAACUGUUGCGAUCGCUGGCGCAUCUGGCACCUUGGGACCCUACGUAUUCCAAGCACUUGUCAAUGCAGGCUUCCGAGUCUCGAUUCUCACUCGUUCUCAAAAGCCUGGCGCAUAUGCUUCGAACAUCAAGGUCUUCGAAGUUGACUUCAAUUCAGUGAAGUCGUUAACCGCUGCACUUCAAGGUGUGGACGUUGUCGUAUCCACUGUGGGUGUUGCCGCAGUCGACAAUCAAAAUGUGCUUAUCGACGCCGCCAUUGCCGCAGGAGUGAAGCGUUUCAUUCCUUCCGAAUUUAGCAGUGUUACCACCAAUCCAAAGCUCGAAACUCUUCCCCUCUAUAGCUCCAUGUUUAAGAUCCGGAACUAUCUCCAGGAAAAGACAGCAGCUGGAGAAUUGUCAUGGACCGUUCUUGCAUGUGGCGCCUUCUUGGACUCUGUUUUGGACUCUCCAAUUUUGCUGGACUUUCAGAACCACACAGUGACUAUGCUCGACGAAGGCGACAAUCGGAUCAGUUCUACCUCCUUGCCUGGGGUGGGGAGAGCUAUAGUUGCAAUCCUGCAAAAUUUUGACGCCACGGAGAACAGAGUCAUACGUGUAUCAGAGGCGAUUUUGACUCAAAACCAGCUGAUUGGGUUUGCAAAGGAGCUUCGGCCUGACAUCAAGUGGAGGACCAGCAAAGAGCGAACAAACGUACUUUUGCAGGAGAGUCUGGAACAAUUUGGUGCCGGUGACUUCAGUAUGGCGGCCUUCAUCAAACUGAUUAAAGGUACGGCUCUCGCUGGUGAUACCUAUGGUAGCGCAUUUGAUGUAACGGAUAACGAGCUGCUUGGCAUCAAAGAAUUGGCACCAGCAGACUUGAAGAAGCUUAUCGCCGAGAAACUCGCCUAG